AUGAUUGUUAUUGAUGCCCGAAAUAAUACUACAGACGAACUCGCUUAUAAUAAAAUUUCAACCUGUAAAAAUAAAAUUAAAAAAAACCCCAGAUUUGCAAUGAACAAAGAUACAGAAUGGCCAAGAAAAAAAAGAAUGACUCUAACAAUAAAAACAAAACAAGAAAUAUGUCAGCGAAAAAAUGAAACCCCAUUCCUUACUAUUGAUGAACUUUCCUCAGAAUAUAAUUGUGAUCGAAGUACAAUUUCAAAGAUUUUGAGUGAAAAGGAUAAGUGGUUGACUAUGCAACUAGCAGAAUCUCAAGAAGAAAAAAAAGUUAAUCGGCUAGCCAAAUUUAUGGAGUUAGAAAAUGCUAUAGACAUCUGGGUACAAAAAGUUCUUUUACAUAAUGGAAUUCUAACAGAUGGAAUUUUACAAAGAAAAAAUCUUGGUGUAGAAUAUGAUGCCAGCCAAAAUGCAUGGAUGACAACUGCUAUUUUUGACCAUUGGAUAAAGUCUUUAAAUGCCUCGUGCCGACUAAAGUGCAAAAAAAUUCUUCUGCUAAUUGAUGGUGCUUCAUCUCAUUCAAAAGAUCAAUAUUCUCACAUUAAAGUUCAUAUUUUACCAGCUCAUACAACACCUUAUUUGUAG